GAAAGGAAAGGCAUAAUCAAAGCCCUAUCAAAGAAGAAUCGGACAUACCUUGUAGUCCUUCGCAAGUCAACUUGAACGCUUGGUACUUUUAUUCACCCAAAAAACCAAAUAUUGAAUCACGAAGCCCCGAACCCGCGCCACUCUCAAUCUCCCUAGGGCGCCAGAUUGAGAAGCUGAAAAUGGAGCCAGAAGAAGCGGGUCUCUCGAAACUGGCUGCAGUGAUGGCCUGCACGGCCUUGGCAUUCUUUUAUGUUGCAAUUCUCUAUGCUCCAACAGUAAUCCUUCGGCUCCCUCCCCCUAUUUCUUACAAGGAGUUCAUGAUUCGACGGUUCAUAUGCGCUGUCGUUUCUUCAAUCGUUUCUGUUGUGGCUUGCGGUCUCAUUCUCCCGAUAAGAAGCAGAGAGGCAUCUGUUUUGUUUGGUGUUUUUGGCAUUCGAGUGGACCAUAUCGUGAGUAUUAAGUGGCAAGCUGUGGUCUUUCCUCUUUCCUUGACUUCAUUAAUGUACGCUGGAUCUUUGAUGCUAAAGUCUAUGUUGUUGCUAAAUUCAAUGAAAGAGCAUGCAGCUCAUGGUGGAGGGAUUUCUUUAGACUGUAUCAAAAAUGCUUUCCGAGACGUCAUUGGCUGGAUAGAUUUCGUUGCUCACGAUGUUUCGGCUUGGCGUAAUUAUGUCGUGGCGCCGGUAACGGAGGAGUUGGUGUUUAGAGCAUGUAUGAUACCUUUACUUCUCUGUCGAGGUUUCAGAAUCUCCAGUGUCAUUUUUCUCUGUCCUACUUUCUUCAGCUUGGCACAUUUAAACCAUUGGAUGAAGAUUUAUAGUCGAGAAAAUUACAGCUUCUUCAAAGCCUCCAUGGUUACAGGGCUCCAGCUUGCCUACACUGUGGUCUUCGGUUCAUAUGCUUCCUUUCUCUUCAUUCGUACAGGACAUAUUUUUUCUCCAUUAGUUGCUCAUAUAUUUUGCAAUUUGAUGGGAUUGCCUGUGCUGUUUGCACAGAAGAAAGGGAUAGUGAGUGUGGCAUUUGUGGCUGGACUGGUAGCUUUCGCGUGCCUUAUUUUUCCAGUCACAGAGCCUGGUUUGUAUAAUGAUAGAACAAGCGAUUGCCCGUGUUGGCAGGGAUAUUGCUCCUGGAGUUGAAUUUUGUGAAACCCUGGGAGAAAUAUGCUUGUUCACUUUGCCAAGUACUAAUGGAAUUGAAUACGAAAUCAUUGUUAUAUUAAUUUGCUUUUAAAUACAAAUAUUUGAUGUAGAGUAUGUUCAUCAAGGAAUUUCAUUGCAUAUAUGUUAAUCAUUAAAUCUUCAAGGGACGAGCGUUUGAGCAGGAGACAAUUAGUGAAAAAUGAUCCCCGGAUUGCCCCGGCAAAAUGGAUUGACGCUGAAAAAAGUGGUCAAGCGAGUUGCGUUUGGAAUGAAAGCUGCUCCUUACAGUUUUAACUUUCAACUUCUAAAUCACCACAUGUGUACUGUUGGGCCAUUUUUUAUUCGAACGCGGUACAUUUAGCAGUGCAAACACACUGGUGGUAUAGUGGUGAGUAGAAUACUCACCCGGUGACCCGCAUUCCAUCCAUGGAGUUUAGGUUUUGUUUCAUCAUCCUAUUAAAACGGGGCGUUUUCCCUAUUAAACUUCGCGCUCUCAUCAUUCCUUUGUUUUUCAGUCAACUACCAAAAGCGAAAACGAAAACGAAAACGAAAAUCCUUCAGAUGGUUUCGCGGCGAGAACCUGAGAUCGAAUAGAAUUUUAAAUUUCUUUGCCGCCCAUUCGAUUUAAAUCCCCAAAAAAAAAAAAAUUGUGUUCGAUUUCCUCUGUCGAGUGGAUCCCUAAUCACUACUGAUCUGUUGAUUGAUCCGCUUUUUUUACCGGCUUUCUCAUCAUCCGAACAAAGUUACAAGCGAAUCUGCGAAUCUCAGUAUCUCGCUGAUGCUCAAAUCUUGACGAAUUUUAACGGAUCUCAGCAAUCGAAGUCACAAGCGCCUCUUCAGAUUUCACUGAUACUCAAACCUUGAGAAAUUUGAAUGGAUCUCAGUAAUCGAAGUUAGUGCUUAUUUCUAUCUCGUUCUAGCUGGUUUUCUCAUCCAAACAAAGGGCUCAAGCGUCUCUGCAGAUUUUGCUGAUGCUCAAAUCUUGAGGAAUUUGAAUGGAUCUCAGUAAUCGGUGGAUUAUGGAUAGGAGAUAACCAAAGAUACUGAACAGGCUUGAUCCACAUAUUUCUCGUUUGCUCAGCUUUCCCAUUGACAUUGUGGAUUUCAUCAGCUCUCGUGAACAGAAUGUUCCCACUUAUUACAAAGGACUAGACGACCGAAAGUUGUGAAGAUAGAAGAAAAAGGAAGCAGAAGAAUAAAGGGACAUACUCAGAGCAUAGAUAGACAGAAAACUCAGGGAGAAGCAAUAGAAAAGAAAUGGUGGUGAAUCCAAUGAGAAUACAUCCAGAAUGAACAGAUAUUCCCUCAAAAUGAGGUGAGCUUCUCUUCCUGUUCUCAUACAAAAUAGCGAAGUAGUAUUUUUCUAAUACCAUGUACUGUUACUCUGUUAGAAACAGAACAAACCACAACCAACAAAUCCCCAAAGUAGACUCAGACAAGUACCCAUGUAGAUGAACUUGUCCACAUUAGUGAAAGAAAGAACUGCUGAAGAACAAGUUGGGAGAGAGAGAGAAGGGAGGGAGAGAGAGGGGUGGGGGCCUCUAUCUUUCUCUGUAUCUUUCCAGAAAAGAUCACCUUUAGAAGAUGGUUGGUUAAAGAGCUUUGGCCGAGGAAGCUAUCUGGUCUGCAACAACUACUAGCAGUAAUGUUAAAAAAACAGAACUCUUUGUGGUGAAGUGAGGGACAAAGUGAACAAUGCGACCGAAAAUUUAUAGAGCAAAAGCUGGAGAUGAGAAUUGUAGAGAGAGAAAGAAACAAGACUUACGAUGUGGAGGGGGACAUGCUUCUCUCUCCUGACACAACAAUCAUGCAUGUGUAAGCAUGGAAGGCGGCCGGCUAGAGGCUGAGGAUUUAAUGUUUUUGAUGAUGACCAAGGAUAUGGCAUCAUGUGAAUGAUUAUAACGGGGGCAUUUUGGUCAUGUAACUUUGGGGCAUUAUUGGUAUUAGAGGGGCCAACAUUGUGAUUUUUGGCUUUAGGGGGCUUGCAAAAUGAUGGUGGGCUAGGCCGUCCCCAAGAUUCGCAAUGAUGGUUCGAA